AUGCCAAAUUUAAGAGAUUACUGGAGAACAGAUUUCCUUUAUAAAACUAAAGUGCCAGAAGUAAUGAGUCGUAACAGAUUUGAGUUGAUUCUAGGAAUGUUUCAUUGUGGAAAUAAUGAAAUUAUUGAGCAUGGUAGACUAAACAAAAUACAACACCUAGUUGAUAUGUUAGUAGCCAAUUUCAAUAAAUGGUACAUUCCUGAAGACAAAGUGUGUAUAGACGAAAGUGUGGUUCCUUUUAUAGGACGAUUAGUCUUUAGACAAUACCUGAAGAAUAAAAGACAUCGUUACGGAAUUAAGAUAUUCAAACUAUGUUCAAAAGACUUUUAUACUUUGCGUUAUAACAUUUAUGCCGGGAAAGAAGCAGUAAGAGAAACUGACGUGUCUUAUAAAAUUGUAUUAAAGUUAAUGGAGCCAUAUCUUAAUUUUGGACGAACCUUGUAUACUGGCAAUUGGUAUUCGAGUGUUAAGUUAGCUGAAAAACUUAACCAAGAAAAUACACAUUUGGUUUGA